AUGGAUAUCGAGGCCCGAUCAACCACGCCGACCGACUCCGCGCAGACGGAAAAGGGAAACUAUGAGGUCGAGCCACAAGAUCAUCACCUGUCGGUCUGGUGGAAUGAGCCGGAAGACAAAGAUCCAGAGAAUCCCAUGAACUGGCCAGAGAGUCGCAAAUGGGCCAUCAUCGGGAACCUUUCUUUCCUGACGUUUCUGAUACCUUUGGCAUCCUCCAUGCUAGCCCCGGGUGUGCCUUCCAUGAUGGAAGACUUCGAGUCCGACGACGAAUCGACAAAGACAUUUGUUGUCUCCAUCUUCGUCCUCGGUUUCGCCAUGGGACCUCUUGUCAUGGCGCCCAUGAGCGAGCUCUACGGUCGAACCCCGGUCUACCACACGUGCAACCCUCUGUUUGUCGUGUUCACCAUCGGCUGCGCCGUGGCGAGCAAUCCGGGCAUGAUGCUCGCCUUCCGCUUCUUCUCCGGAUUCUUCGGCGUGGCCGUGGUGACGUGCGGCAGCGGCACCAUUUGCGACCUCAUGCCUCCUGAGCGGCGCGGCCGCGCAAUGUCCAUAUGGUCCGUGGGACCGCUUCUGGGUCCCGUUAUCGGUCCCGUAUGCGCCGGCUUCCUCGUCGAGUCCUUGGGCUGGAGGUGGGUGUUCUGGAUCGUCUCCAUAGUGACCGGAGUCACAGUUCUGGCUUCGCUAUUCGUCCUGCGCGAGACAUACCCCCCCAUCAUCCUGGAGCGAAAAGCGGAAAGGCUACGCAAAGAGACCGGCAACCAGGAGUACCAUUCUCGACUGCAACCCUCCGGCACGCCGCGCCACGUCGUCAUCUCAGCCCUGACUCGCCCCGCACAGCUCUUCAUCUUCUCGCGCAUCGUCUCCCUCAUGUGCAUCUACGUUGCGGUCACCUACGGGCUCCUCUAUCUGCUGUUCACCACCUUCACCUUUGUCUAUACCGAGACGUACGGCUUCAGCGCCGUGGGCGCCGGUCUCUCCUUCAUCGGCAGCGGUGUUGGAAACAUGCUCGGCCUCAUCUUUAUCGGGUACUUGUCCGACAGGAUUAUCCAGAAGAACAAGCGUGCGGGGAUCGAGCCGCAGCCGGAGCACCGACUGGACCUGACUCUCACCGUGCCGACGACGCUGGCCCUGCCGGCCGGUCUCAUCAUGUACGGGUGGACCGCCGACAAGAAACUCCACUGGAUCCUUCCCAUGAUCGGCACUGGUAUCAUGGGUUUCGGCAUGAUCGGCAUCUUCAUGGUCAUCCAGACCUAUCUUGUCGAUGCCUACACGCCCCAUGCGGCUUCCGUUACGGCCGCGAAUGCCGUGCUGAGAAGUCUCCUCGGUGCCUUGCUUCCUCUCUGCGGUCUGCAGCUCUACGACAGCCUGGGCUUGGGCUGGGGAAACACUCUGCUCGGUCUCAUUGCCAUGGGGCUUGCGCCUGUGCCGUGGGUGCUGUACAGGUUUGGUAGUCGGCUCCGCAACGACAAAUUCUCCAAGAAAUAA